CUGCAGGGUUUGGAUUUCAGAGUUGGGAGAGCGAUUUUGGCACUGACACGAAGAGGACGGUCAUCUAUCCCCCUAAAACGCCAUCCCUGCCUUUUUCCUUUUUACAUGCAUGUCAGUUUAUACCAUCUACUGAGAAACAAUAAGGCAUUACAGGCUGCGGGAUGUACACGGCCGGGCUCAACCCGUUUUACGCGUCAAAUUUUAGCCUCUGGUCGGCGUACUGCGCAGGGGGCUUCGCUGUGGAUACCAUGAAGAAACCGUCCUUUUGCAUCGCAGACAUUUUGCAGGCUGGAGAUGCGGAGAACAUCCCGGGAUCCUCUGCCCUCAUGCUGCACAUGGGACACCACCACCACCGGGCGCAGCACGGCAGCUCGCCGCUGCGCCCCUCUCCGGUUGGGCCGGAGCCGUCCGUGUACGGAGCGAGGGUGAGUCCGGGCUCCCCUUACCACAGACACGGACUACAGCUCACAUCAGUCUCCAGGACUCCCUUCAACUCCCAGCAAUCUCCCCCGCCUUCAAGCAAAGACCUCAAAUUCGGAAUUGAUCGGAUAUUGUCGACAGAUUUUGACCAUAAAGGCAGAGAAAAGUCUUCAUUAAGAGAUCUCACAUCCAUCGUUAGCUCGAACCGUCAGUCAGGGAUCCAGAUCCCCAUUCAGCCUGCGGCCAGCCAGUACUUCUCCUGCAUAGACCCCGGGAUGAGCGACGCGUCCUCCAUGAUGAGUUCACUAGGCAGCAGCAGCAGCAGGCAUUCAGGCCAGCAUCAGUUUCAGGACACCUUCCCAGGUCCGUAUGCUGUCCUCACCAAAGACACGAUGCCACAGACCUACAAGAGGAAGAGGUCGUGGUCCAGAGCAGUGUUUUCUAACCUGCAGAGGAAAGGACUGGAGAAGAGAUUUGAGAUUCAGAAAUAUGUCACCAAGCCGGACAGAAAACAGCUGGCGGCGAUGCUCGGGCUGACAGACGCUCAGGUGAAGGUGUGGUUCCAGAACAGGCGCAUGAAGUGGCGGCACUCCAAAGAGGCGCAGGCCCAGAAGGACAAGGACAAGGAGCAGCCGGAGAAGAGCAGCUCGGAGCCGGGCAGGGAGCCCCGAGAGCCGGCGGAGGAGGAGUCCGAGUGCGAGAGCGAGGGCCGGAGCGAGUGUGAAUCCGAGGAGGCUCCGGAGGAGGAACACUCUGACGGACAUUUGGACAUUUCUGAGCAAACAAACAAAACCAGCGUCAUCAUGAGCGGCAUCGGGCCGGCCAGCAGCUCCGAGGCGGCGGCAGACCCGGAGGCCGCUGCGUCACUCAUAUGAACCUCUAGAUAUAUGUACUAUAAGUUUAUUUUUUAUUAUUUUGACAGAAGAACGACAGUAAUGUUAAAACGCAUGUGGACGGUUAAUUCGGUAGGGCAUCUGCAACGUAAAGACAGGCCUGUAUGCGUCUAAUUCCUGGGAACAAGUGGAGCAACACUCGUUUAUUUGUUCAAAAUGACAUGUUAUUUUAACCCAGACACAAGGAAUAUAGCCCAAAUUAUUUUGUUUAUUGUAUUAUAUUCCGUUUAUUUGUUUCUGCUUCCUUUUGAGGCUCUUAAAUUAAAAUAUCAAGCUAUUUUUAUUUUUUUUAAAUCAGACCUCCCCCAGGUAUUUCCUUACUGUCGUUUUCCUCUCAAGAGCUUUGGUGUGCAUCAUGUUUUUCCUCAUCUGGAGGAAAUAAUGCGGUUGUGAAUUUGAUUUGUUAGGUUAUGAACCACUCGUUUUACGUGAUAAAUGAAAUCUCAGAAAAUCACAGAAGUGUUCAUGUAUUAUUUGGUUUGUCUGGAUAUAUGGUUGUGCUAUUUGUUAAUAAUAAUUUGCACUGAAAAUAUUGUAAAUAAAAUGUUUCUUACUUUGAAAA